AUUCCUGACGAGCUGAGCAUAAACAAGCUGGAAGGCCUAAAGGACGAGCUGGAGGCGCGCUACCUGCCUCUCUACGAGAAGUACACAGCCCUUCGUGAUGACAUCCUUAGGAUCGCCGACGAAAUAGACUAUCGACCCGCCAACUCUGACGAAGCGCGUCUUCUUGGGUACGGAGUGGAUCCACGGACUGCGGCGUCUUCGUCACAAGUGGCGAAGGGGUUCCAGUUGAAUGGACAGAACGCACCCGGAACUGUGAAACGGAUCAGUGUGGAUCUGGGCCUUCGAAAUGCUCUGGCCACCGAGCAACCGGGGCUAGAAGCCAUCGUUGCCGGCAGCGGCGGUGGCAGCGCCAACAAGUCCGACCGCCUCAACGAUCUAAACGAGAUGGAUGCCUCUUUCUCAGCAGAGACGGAACCGACAUUGAAUGAAAUCAUUCUUGAGGUGAAACUGGCAUUUUUGUCUGCCCUUUCGUCACACACAAGCCUCCCCACCCACCCCUUUCAGCCUUCAGUAGACGCCUAA